UCUCUGUCUAUGUCUCUCAUUGUUUGUUUUUGCCAAAAUUCAUUGUCAUGAUUUCUUGAUUUUAAUAGUAACAAUUUGUCUCGAGAAUUGAGGGGAGAGCUGACAUUAAUUAUUAUCCUUAGAAGCGGCUCUGGGUAAAUUUUCUUGAGAGAGAGAAAGAAGAGAUUUUUCCAUGGAAGACAAUACCACGAGAAGCAAGUUUAGUAAAGUCUGUGUCUUUUGUGGAAGCAACUUUGGCCAUAGGAAGGUCUUCAGUGACGCAGCAGUGGAACUGGGGAGUGAAUUGGUUGAGAAGAAUAUUGGAUUGGUAUAUGGAGGAGGAAGUGUUGGUCUGAUGGGUUUGAUUUCCCAGAAGGUACAUGAUGGUGGUUGCCAUGUUAUUGGUGUAAUCCCCAAAGCUCUUGUGCCUCUUGAGAUAUCUGGUGAAACUGUUGAAGAAGUUAGGAUUGUCUCAGACAUGCAUGAGCGCAAAGCUUUAAUGGCUAGAGAGUCUGAUGCUUUCAUUGCUCUUCCUGGUAAGAACAUAACUCAUAAUACAAUCUAUAUAUUGACCUCUCUAAUGGCGGUUUUAUCUGUUUUAGGCGGAUAUGGAACCAUGGAAGAACUAUUGGAGAUGAUAACAUGGUCCGAUCUUGGAAUUCAUAAAAAGCCGAUUGGUCUACUAAAUGUUGAUGGGUAUUAUAACAAAUUGCUGGCAUUGUUUGAUAAUGGUGUUGAAGAGGGUUUCAUUAAGCCAGAUGCUCGUCGAAUUGUCCUCUCUGCUCCAACCGCUAAAGAGCUUCUAAUGCAGAUGGAGCAAUAUAUGCCUUUUAAAGAUCAUGUGGCUCCUCAUGAGAGCUGGCAGAUGGAGCCAUUAUCAGACUUCAAUCUCAAUCGACUUGAACCCCAGGAACAUUAAUAAUAAUAAUUCCUGAAUUAUUGAAUUUUGUUUUAGAAGAAGAUUGAAGACGGCUCUAUUUGUUUUUAUCGAUCAGGGAUUAUUUUACAAAAUUUGUUAUUCUUUGCGUGGUUUAUUCUUAGACGUAUAAUAUUCGGCAGAGUUGUAAAACCUUACUCUUCUUGUCUUUCAAAUUCAUGUAUUGUUUGCUAAAUCUUUUAAAAUUUGAAAAAAAUAUAUAUCAAACCAA